ACUGCACAUUCCUUUCCUUUCUUCCCAGGAAUAUCAGUCGGCUUUGCGUGAUGAAGAGGAAUAUAUGGUAGCCAGAAACAUUGAACAUCAGCAAGUUCUGGCAAACAUAAAAGCAGAAGAAAAUGUUUUAUUACAUCAGAGAGAGAUUAAUCAACAAAAACUUGCUGUUGAGGCUGAACAAAAUGAAAGACAACUCAAUGAAGAAAGCAGACAAUUUGAGGAGGAGAUAAGCCGACUGGUUGGUGACCUGGAGAGAGAACACAGUGAACUACGGACGGCUCAGCGGCUCACCCUGGAGAGACUCAGAGAGAGACGCAACACAUCGGCUCUCACCAUACAGAGCUGGUUCAGAGGGUCACGGGUUAGGAAAAUUAACUACUCAUUCUUGAAGGAGAAGAGGGUGGAAAGGCAGAAAUUGAAAGAGUUGAGACGAAUUGAAGAACUUGAUUUGGAAAUGAAAAAAAGAAAGGAAGAGCUGUGGAAAGCUGAAGAAGAAAAGAGGAAACAAGAAGAAGAUGAAAAGAGAAAAGUUGAAGAAGAAAUUCAAAAGCGAAAAGAAGCAGAACUGAAGAAAAAAGAAGCAGAAAGAUUAAAGAAAGAAGAAGAACGAAAGAAUGAGGAGGAAGAACAAAGAAAGAAAAAAGAGGAAAAAGAAAGGAAGAGAAAAGAAGAAGAAGAAAGGAAGAAAAAAGAGGAAGAAGAAAAAAAGAGACAGGCAGAAGAAAAGAAGAAAAAAGAGGAAGAAAGGAAAGCAGAAGAAGAAAGAACAAAAGAACAAAAAAGGGAAGAAGAAAGAAAGCAGAAAGAAGAACAGAAAAGAAAGGAGGAAAAAAAAAAAGCAGAAGAAAAACUAAAAGCUGAAGAGGAAAAGAAGAAACAAGAGCAGAAGAGAAAAGAGGAGGAAGAAAGGAGGGUGGCAGAGGAAGAAAAGAUAAAACAGGAAAAGAAAAAGACAGACGAAGAAAAGUUAAAACUUGCGAAAGCUCAAGAAGAAGAACUGUGUAAAGUUAAAGAAAGAGAAGAAGAUAAAAUGAAUGUCGAUAAACAAGAAGAUGAACAGACAAAGAACAAACGAGAUGGUUUGAAGGAAGACUCAGAAAUAGCUGAUGGAAUAAAACUUAGCGACUAUCAACCUACAGAUAAUAAAAUUAUAUCCAGUGCUAAUGUUGAUCUCAAGACAGUCGGUGGAUCGUUUGACUUCUCCCUGGUUCCUGACAGUGCCAAACUGACGCCCAGAAUGAGCAGCAACAGUCUCCCAUCGCACCUGGAGGCUAAACGAUUGACUUGGAUCCAGGAGUGUAUCCCGUGGAGCAAAGUGAGUAAUGAGCCAUGGAAGUUAAAACCUGGUACAAAGAAAAAGCCGCCAAGACGUCCAAGUUCUGCUAAGAAGUUGUCUCCCUUGACAGACGAGAUAAUCACCGUGGCGGCGAGGGCUGCCACACUGAGACAGGUUACAACCGUAUCACUGAGAGACCUGCCUGGUUACAGCAUGAUGCCGCUCGGUCAGUGCUGGGGACUCAAGUGUCUCACCAUGAACAGCUGUAACCUGGUUGCCGUAGAAGGCCUGCAUCAGUGUCGGCAGCUGCAGUUCCUCGACCUCAAGAACAACAAGGUGGAGUACGUAGACUUGAAGGACCUGGGCAGCCUGCAGGUGGUCAACUUGUCAAACAACGCCGUGUCUGUGCUGCAUGGCUUCGACGGGUGUACGAACCUCCGCUGGCUCGACCUGUCACACAACCACGUCACAAGACUAGACCUGUUCCUUGACCUGUCUGCUAAUAACUUACUGGAGAAUAACCACCUCCAGACCACAGACCACCUCCACAAACUGUGUCUACUGCAGUUCCUCGACUUGUCCUCUAAUAACUUACUGGAGUUUGCGGACGUCAGGAACCAGGUUCUUCUCGAGGCGUGUCUGUUACAGGACAACAGUAUCAGCUCGCUGAGCAGUCUGCGCUCUCUCUGGCUCCCACUGUUGAGUCAACUAAAUAUGGAACAGAACAGCCUUUGUGAAAUUGAGUCUGUUGAAAACUGUAUUAUGUUGAAGGUGUUCAACAUAAGAAACAACCAAAUAUUAGAUGCUGAUCACCUUCAAGAAAUCGUCACUAAGUGCAAGUACUUAGAAGAACUCUAUCUCCAUGGUAACCCAAUGACUGAGGAGCAUAUCAAAGGGCUGUUUGAGCACCACCUGCCCCGACUGAAGGUGUUGGAUGGUAACCCAGUGGAUCACGACUGUUCCACACCUCUCAGUACAUCGAGCAACUUUGAGAUGAUGUGUCUCACCCAGAUACAGACGAAUGUCGACCUGCGCAAUCACUUUGAUGAUGAUUUAAGUUCAGCCAAAUCGCUUCCUGCUCCCAACCAACUGGAGAUGUGUGAGAUUUAUUUCCGCUACUGUGACAAGUCUUUCAAGAUGGCCGUCGACCACCGGUAUGCACACGAGUACGGGAACAUCUCGAUGAACAUUCCCAAAGCCCCGCAGACACCGAGAUCCGGCCAGACGCGAUCAGUGAGGACGAAGAAGAAAGACGAACACGUCUUCCUUAAUCCCAAAGAUCUGUUUGAGAAGGCUCUCAAGUCAAGUUGUGACAGAGACCAGACAGAGAUACAGCUAAACGAGAAUCAUUCGAAUGCAGCAGAUAAACCAGCGAUGAGCAAACUAGACGCAGAAAGACAAAGUGCUGCCAGCAAAAUCCAGGCGGUCUACAAAGGAUACUGUGUCCGAAGAGAAAUCUCCAGAUACACUGAACUGUGGACAUCGGCAAUGGUCAUACAGGCAGCCUGGCGAGAAUAUUGGACGAGGCAAAAAUUACAACACAGAACAGGACAAAUGCGUGCUCCAAGAAAAGACAACUCCAGAUUUUCAAUGGAGCAAAUGUUGAUAAUUGAAGAACUGAAUCGUGCUGCAACUGUAAUACAGGCCGCCUGGCGUGGAUUUAUCCUCCGUCUAAAGCUGUCAGCAGCGCUCGAGUUUGCGAGAAUGCAACCUGACAUGGACGACGACAUUGACGAGUUUGAUAUGAGUGAAUUCAACUUCGACGAGGAAAGCCUGGAAAAAGGUUGGCGACCACCUGAAGUGCCACAGAUACCUCAAAGCCAUGCUGUACUUGGUAAACCGCCAAUUGGUCGGAGAAUGACCCCGGACAUACCCCACCUUGACCUUCAUCCCCCCGAGAAACCAAGACAUGCUUGGCGUAAUGCAGACUCGCCUCUGUCAGAUAUCAAAGGGAGACAACCGCGACCUCCAUCGUCGAAUCACAGCACAAUAUCACUUGAUACCCCUCACUCAGUCCAGUCGAGGAAAGAAGAAAAAUUGUCUGAGGAAUGGGGAUUUCACAACACUCGUACUGCAGCACUUAUGAUGCAGAGAGCUAAGAAAAUGAAAUACAACGCCGACAGACGGAAGAAGAUAAACCGAUUAGACCCACACCAGCGUUUGGCUUUGUUUCGGAAGUUGGAGGAGACCACCAAGUUGAACCCGGUCCGUGUUCCUGCCAGGAAGGUUUUGCCAAGGAAGGAAUAUUUCCAAGCUAAAGGUGAAUUGAUUGAGCAACAGAAUGUCCACAAACAGCAGGAGAUUGUCACCCGAGUUCACCGGACCUACGAAUGGCUUCACACUCAGGUUGGCAGUCUAGACAUGGACUCUACUAGUAAAGUACAAGGAAUGUCCUCUUUUGGAAGUGAAAGCAGUUUGCCAAGGAUCAGUUCUGAUGUACUGGCUGGUAACAGAAUGUAUUUAGUGAAGAGCCCUAUUUCCAUUGGUCCUAACGACAGUGCUAGUGUCACGGAGACAAAUCAGAGAAGACGUUACUCGCUGGGAGAGAAUCCACAUGUGUCUGGUCACAGCACUCACCUCCCACAGAUUACGACUCACUCGGCGGGAAGCAAAGAAAAAGACAAAAUGUCUUGGCGAAGGAAACCAGUCGAUUCAGACGUUGGGUGGGGUGGGGGCCGGAAACGGAAAGGAGCCAAGUGACAACAGAGAUAAUCUUCAGUCAAUACUGAGCUUACUGAACUAAAAUUUAUUUAUUUAUAUUUAUAAACGAAUACUGCAGAUCUAUGUGACUGUAUUAACUUGGGAGAGUUGUACCGGUAACCAGUUGACAUCAGUUACAAACCAGACUUUCAUACUUUUCAAUUAAGUAUGUGUUAAACACACACCAAACUGCAUUUUAAAUCUUAUGUUUAAUUAUUAGGCUUGAAAUAUAAAACGUUUUGUACAUUAUAUAAUUGGGACCAGAUGUUUGUCAUUUGUGGCUCCAUGCUAUUUCUGUUCACGUUUUACUUAAAAUUCUGCAUUUUCUUCCUCAUUUUAACAUGUUGUUAUGAUUCUUAGACUAGCCACAGUUUAAAACUGUUCUGCCAUUUUGAUAUCGUCAGUAUUAUUUAUAGUGUGGUGAAGCACUGAUAUGUAUAUUAUGAGUAAUGUGUUGCAAUGGAUUUUGUGAAUAUUUUGUGUGUGAACUGCAUUGUGGAAGUGCUUGUAAGCUUAAUGUUGUAUAAAAUUAAUUAAUCUUGUACUGGACAUGGGAGGGAUAAUUAUAGUUCUGUGGUAGAUGUCCACAUUGAUGUGUCAAAUGAUUCAUUCACCUUUGUCAGUUUUCGGUAGUAUCCCAUUCCAACCAACCAGUGUGCCACAUCUGGUCAUGUCAGUACACUGUGUUGAGCUUCUAACACAAGUAUCACAGUAAGCAUAGUCUGGUAACCCAUAUACAACGUAAAAAACCGCAGAAUCGUCAAAACUCUGGUGCGUGCCGAACGGUCAUGUCAGGACACUGUGCUGAUCCUCUCAAACACACAUCGCAGUAAGCAUUGUAUCUGCUAACCCACACCUGUAGGUUAGCACAAAAUACAGGCCUGGUAACCUGUACAGUGUAGGUUAGCACAAAAUACAGGCCUGGUAACCUGUACACCUGUAGGUUAGCACAAAAUACAGGCCUGGUAACCUGUACACCUGCACAAAAUACAGGCCUGGUAACCUGUACACCUGUAGGUUAGCACAAAAUACAGGCCUGGUAACCUGUACACCUGUAGGUUAGCACAAAAUACAGGCCUGGUAACCUGUACAGUGUAGGUUAGCACAAAAUACAGGCCUGGUAACCUGUACAGUGUAGGUUAGCACAAAAUACAGGCCUGGUAACCUGUACAGUGUAGGUUAGCACAAAAUACAGGCCUGGUAACCUGUACACCUGUAGGUUAGCACAAAAUACAGGCCUGGUAACCUGUACACCUGUAGGUUAGCACAAAAUACAGGCCUGGUAACCAGUACAGUGUAGGUUAGCACAAAAUACAGGCCUGGUAACCUGUACAGUGUAGGUUAGCACAAAAUACAGGCCUGGUAACCUGUACAGUGUAGGUUAGCACAAAAUACAGGCCUGGUAACCUGUACACCUGUAGGUUAGCACAAAAUACAGGCCUGGUAACCUGUACAGUGUAGGUUAGCACAAAAUACAGGCCUGGUAACCUGUACACCUGUAGGUUAGCACAAAAUACAGGCCUAGUAACCUGUACAGUGUAGGUUACGACAUACUUGUCAAGUAUUCCGAUUGUUUUCAUUAUUAAAGCCCUUCCCAGACACAUUGUCCAAUGAUUUGGUAUCCAUUCACAUCAGUGUUUUAAUUCACUUGAUACUUGUGUAUUUAUCGUAUAAUUAUUUGAAUAAAACAAUUGAUCAAAGUGUA